AUGAAAGAUGUCUGUCAGGAAUUCGACCCUGAUAUUUUUAAGAAAAUUGAAAAAUUUAGAAAGGUUCAGGCUCAAGUGCGUCAUACCAAAUCAGCCUUUGACAGAUUGAAAACAGACGUGUGUGAAAAAGUAGAUCUCCUUCGAGCCAGUAGAUACAAUCUUUUGUCUCAUGUCUUAACGACAUACCAGACAACAUUGCUACACUUCUGGGAAAAGACUUCUCACACAAUUCAUGAAAGUUUCAAGGGUGAAAUCACAACAAUAAAGAGCCUCCAGUUUCCCAGUACAGUGUACAAUCCGGAAAAGAAAACAAAGAAAAAAACAAAAGUCAAAGAAUAUCUGGCAAAAAAUGAUGAUCAGUUAAUUUCAUUAGAUGAUGAGAUGCACCAUAUUGAAACUGGAAUGUCAUCAUCAGAAGAUGAACUGGAUAAGGGAAUCCUUCAGAGCCAUUCUUCAUAUGAAGGUGCAUUGGAUGAUUUGCUAGAUUUGAAGCCUGAAGAGAAAUUUCUUUAUGAAGAAUGUGCAAGUUCUAAAGACCUUCUCGAUUCAGACUUUGGACAUAAGGAUGACAUGCAACUUCUAAACAAGAUUCUAAGUUCUUCAUCUUUAGAAAGUGGAGAUCUUGGCAAAGAAUGGAUGGAUGUGUUUGGUGAACCUAUGUAUCCUGCCCAACCCUUGAACCCAAACACUGGAGAAACAGACAAAAAUGCUGAAUCCUCAUCUGGUUUCCUCCCUUCUCAGCUCCAAGACCAAGACCUGAAUGACCUCCAGUCUUCUUUUCAAGACCGGACUGCUGGUAAUGUUACCUCUCCAACACCUCAGCCCACACCUCCGUCAAGCAACCCAAGUACUAAUAUUAAUAAGCUACAGAUGAAAGAGAGCACCAAACCUGCUAAAGACCUGUCUGCUUGGUACAAUCUCUUUGCUGACCUGGAUCCGCUAUCUAAUCCAGAUGCUGUUGGGAACACCGAUCAGGAACAUGAACUGCUGAAUGCCUAA